AGCAAAAAUAGCCAACAAAAAGAACUAUGACACUAACUAUUACUUGCACAGCCACCAUCACCACUUUUCUAAUCUCUCUCAUUUUCCUUCCCAAAUUUUAUUCUUCUGAAGACAGCAUAGACAAUGACUAUUCAUCAAUCCCAAAAUCAGACGUGGAUCUUUUGGAAUUUCCUCUAAAUUUAGAGUUCCUAGAAGCUGAAUUCUUUUUGCACAGCUCUUUGGGUUAUGGCUUAGAUGAAUUUGCUCCAAAUCUGACCAAGGGAGGUCCAUCACCUAUAGGUGCUAAAAGGGCAAAUCUGGAUCCUUUUACUCAGGAUAUUAUCAAGCAAUUUGCUUUCCAAGAAGUUGGACACUUGAGGGCCAUUCAAAAAACAGUUAAAGGAUUUCCACGACCAUUAUUGGAUUUAAGUGUAGCAUCAUUUGCAAAAGUGGUUGAUCGUGCAUUUGGGCGACCAUUGGCUCCACCUUUUGAUCCUUAUGCUAGUGGACUUAACUUACUCCUUGCAUCUUAUCUUAUUCCUUAUGUUGGACUCACAGGCUAUGUUGGAGCAAAUCCAAAACUCCGAGCCCCUGCUUCCAAAAGGCUUGUUGCAGGCCUUUUAGCUGUGGAAUCAGGCCAAGAUGCAAUCAUUCGAGCCUUAUUAUAUGAGCGAGUAAUGAUGAAAGUGCCACCAUAUGGAAUAACAGUGGCAGAGUUUACUGAUCGCUUUUCAAAACUAAGGAAUAAUCUUGGACAUGCAGGCUUCAAAGAUGAAGGCCUUGUGGUUCCCCUUGUUGAAGGCGCUGAAGGAAAGAUCACAGGGAACUUGCUUGUUGGAGAUAAUGACUCCAUUGCAUUUGAAAGGACCCCAGAAGAGGUAUUGAGGAUUGUGUAUGGUGGAGGAAAUGAGCAUAAACCUGGUGGGUUCUAUCCAAAAGGAGCUAAUGGUCGCAUUGCCAAAUCUCAUUUACAUUCUAUGCCUACAGCUUGA